CAUUGAAGAUCUGGUUAUGAUGUAUAAAGGCAAUUGCUCUCAGGGCAACCUCGGCGUCACUUACUCACAACUGGGUGGAGUGUCUUUGUCAGUUCCAAGGGACUGGUAGCUGGCGAUGCAUUUAUAUUCCUUAGAGGUGAAAAUGGAGAGCUGUGUGUUGGAGUAAGGAGACUCAUGAGGCAGCUGAAUAAUAUGCCAUCAUCAGUUAUUUCCAGUCACAGCAUGCAUCUCGGGGUGCUUGAUGCCAUAGCAACUGGAACCCUCUUCUCUGUUUUCUAUAAACCAAGGACUAGUCGCUCUGAGUUUAUCAUUAGUGUUAACAAGUACCUUGAAGCACAGAAUCACAAGUUAUCUGUUGGGAUGAGGUUUAAAAUGAGAUUUGAGGGUGAGGAAGCUCCUGAAAGAAGGUACAGUGGUACUAUUGUUGGUGUUGGAGAGGCUGCAGCUUCACAGUGGGCAGAUUCUGAGUGGUGAUCAUUCAAG